ACACACAUUCGGCAAAGCUUUCGUAGGAGUUUGGGGCAUUUCAGGAGGUGCUUAUAUGACCCUGUUGGUAGUUCGACCCUUCUUCUGUACCAUGAACGUAAAAAAACACUCAUGAAAACCCGAUUAAUCUCCUUUUUGGCCUCCGGAAAUUGUUGAUGUGAGCGGCGGAAGUGUCUGAGAAUACCGCCCUCGCAACACUCACCUUCAUCCAUCUUGCAGACGUGCGGAUGAAAGGGUUAUCAGGAGUGCCGGUCUUCGUGUGGGCGUGGGUGUGGGUGGGCGUGACCUGUGAGACGGAAGACCCCACCUGGAUGACCUCCGUGACCCCAGGGAAAGGCGAAGUGGAGGGGGCGUGGCUCGAGGGGGGCGAUGGGGGAGCCAUGUGUGCGGACCUACAGCAACGAGAAGAAGGAGGAGGAGGAGGCGUGGCUGCGGGCGCGGCGGUGUGUCUGAGGGUCAACAUCAAGAAGUCGUCGCCCCUCGCCACCCUGCUUACCCUGACCCGCCCUUCACCCUCGCCGGCCCUCGUUGUGGACGUGGGUCACCUGGGCCUGUGGCUGAGCACGGCGAGGCAGGGGCAAAACGCGCCCCACGUUUCUUUCUUCGAGGCGCGGCUGCCCCCCGGGACGUGGCGCCACCUGUGUGUGCAGCAGCGGGGGAGCGGCCCUGCAAGUGCUGACGCCUCGCAUCCGCAGCCCGAGGCCGAGCACCAUGGACUCCGCUGCUUCGUGGACGGGCAGGAGGAGGAGCUGGUGCCCGUCACACCCUCGCCAGGGCCCGAGGACCGCUGCAGGGGAGACGUGGCCAGCUGCCCGGGCCGCGCUCCACUGCAAAACGCCGCGCCCACCAGUGGGGGCGUGUGGCAGCUGUGUGUGGGCGGCGGCCAUCGGUCGGUGGCGGGGGCGGUGGCCGACGUGCGGGUGUGGGCGGGGGUGCUAGACGACGAGGCUCUGCGGGCAGCCUCGCUCUGCCCCGGGCGUAUGCCCCCCGCCCCGCCCCCUCUCCACGAUUCUGGGGGGUGGGUGCCGCAGGGCAACGCCUCGACAGCUGCCUUUCCGCUGCGGCAGGUGUGCGCCGCCGCGCCGCGCCUGGUCGACGUGCGCCCAGCCGGCACUUUCCGCGGCCUGAGUGAGCUCUGCGUCGCCCUUGGCGGGGCCGUGCCGCCCGCCGCCACCCUCAAGGCCACCCUCCCCGCCCUCAACGAGUCGUGUGAGGGCCCCGCGGGGCUACUCUCCUGGGUAGACGGUGACCCCGUGGUCGGGGCCGCGGCCGAGGAGACGUGUCCUGCAGUGGAUGUAGGCGGCGGAGCGGUGCGGGCGGCGUGCGUGCUGCAGCUACCUUGCUCUGUGUGUGUCGUGCCGCGCACCUCCAUCUACCGCCUCUACGGCCACGACGGCAGCCUCUUCGACUUCACUUUCUACUUGGAGACAGAGGCCGACGGCCAGCCUGCCUUCAGGGGUUCUGGCGGCUCGCGGCUGGAGCGCGCGGGCGACGGUUGGCGGCUGGCCUCGGUGCUGCACAGCCGCCGCUGGAAGCUGGCUGAGGCGGCAGUGCUGCCGCUGGGGCGGCGGCGGUGGACGGAGGGCGGCGUGCAGACGCUGCUGGCGCUGACGGUGUGUCGCAGCGGUCAGUUCUCCUGCGACGACGGCCAGUGCGUGGCGCAGACGGCGCGCUGUAACGACAUCGUGGACUGCCGGGACCGUUCCGACGAGGCUGAGUGCAUUGUGGUGGUGACCCCCGAGGGCUACGACCCCUACUAUCCCCCGCCGCCGCGCCCCGGGGAGACGCCGCCCCUGGACCUGCCUUACCACAUCGACGUAUAUUACCUGAGCGACGUCACCACUGAGGAGGGUCGUGCCGGCAUGGACGUGGGCGUUACGCUCUCCUGGUACGAUUCGCGACUCCGGUUCCUCAAUCUCAAGCCGGACAUCAAGAACUACUUCCCGUGCAAGCUAGUGUGGACGCCGGUGGUGCGCGCCGUGGCGGGGCGCGGCAUAGGCUUCAUCCUCGACACGGACGACUACGAGAAGUUUUGCUACACGUACGCCAGCAACGAGCGGGUGGCGCGGCCCCUCAGCGACCCCCUCAUGGGUCACCUCGCCGAGGGCCGCACACACGCCGUGGAGGUGUACCUCGGCGUGCUGGCGUGGCUGCCGUGCCGCUUCCGCCUGCCCGCCUACCCGUUCGACGCCCAGCGCUGCAACAUGUCCUUCGUCAUGACCAACGCGCCGGGCACCCGCGCCUUCACCAAGGCCUCGCCCGGCAGACGCGUGCCCUACCUUAACUCGCGCCGCGUCCUGCUGGAGUACGAGCUGCACGCCCUCACCACGGAGGUCGGCGCCUUCCUGCAGGGCACCGACAACAACACCUACUUCGCCCUCACCUUCCACCUGCGGCGCCUCUACGGCUACCACGUCACCAACAGCUACUUCCCCAGCCUGCUCAUGUUCGUCAUCUCCUGGGCGACCUUCUUCUUCCAGAUCGAGGACUUCACCAACCGCAUCAUGAUCGCUCUGACGGCACAGCUGGUGUUGGCGGCGCUCUUCACCUCCACCAACGAGUCCUCGGUCAAGACGCCCUACCUCAAGCUGAUCGACGUGUGGUACGCCGCCAUCAUCACCUUCUGCUUCGUCAUCGUCAUCUCCCAGACCGUCAUCAACGUUAUCCUUCACCACGACCCUUCUUCUCCCUCCUCGUCCUCCUCCGUCUUCUCUAUCUUCUUUUCGUUUUCGUCCUCUUCUUCUAAGCUUAGGUUUUCUCAUCGUUUGACCAAGGUCCAGCCCUUGUUUACUCGUCCCAAGUUCGAUACCCGUUCUGACAAUACUGACGGCGACAACAACCCAUUCCAUGAUGUAAAUAGAGGGGUUGAAGUCACUUCCUCCUACGGCACCCCACUCGGCUCUAGUCCCUCUGCUCUCACGCUCAAGUUUAAGGGAAUGACGUCACCUCCUGCUGGUCUCGAUGCCGCUACCCGUUGGAACUCUGUCAUCCGAGUGUGUGUGUUGGGUGUGGCUUGCGUGUUUGUGUGUUUCUAUGUGUUGGUGUGUGGUGGGGUGUUUCAAGUCCCCGGGAAUUAUAAUAUGGAGGAUGUGUGAGUGUUUUAGAAAGGCGAAGGGUGCGUGGAGACAUGAUCGAGGUUUAUAAAUGGAUGAAGGGCUUUAAUAUGGGGGAUAUUCAUAAGGUUUUGUUGCUAAGAGAACCGGGUAGGACACGUAGUAAUGGGUUUAAACUGGAUAAAUUCAGAUUCAACAAGGACAUAGGCCUCUUGCAGACUCCUACGUUCUUAUGUGUGUGUGUGUGUGUGUGUGUGUGUGUGUGUGUGUGUGUCGUUUUCCUUUCCACUCCCUCCUUUUCCUUUUUCCACUUUCCUCUUCUCCUCCUCCUCCUCCCCUUCCUCCUCCUCCUCCUCUUCCCUUAAAUACUUGUGACUGGAAUGCGUUUAAUUAGUGGAUACAGAGAAAGGAACUCCACUCUAUUCCAUGAAAGGGACACUGGACGACAUUAGCGAAACCUCAAAACUCCUUCUUUUUUUCAUUUUUUCAUUUUUUUUUUAUUUGUUUAUUUUUCUUGCUUCCGUGUUUCUUGUUUGUUUUCUAUUCGUUUUCCUUCCAUUUGUUUUUAGGCCUAUUUCUUAAUCUUUCUUUCUUUCUUUCUGUCUUUCUUUCUUCGUUUCUGUAUUUGCUUAUUCAUUUAUAUUUGUGUUUUAGUAUAUUCCUUAACAAACUGACUUGCAUCUCUUUUAGUUUUAAUUUGUUGUUUUCCCUCUUUUACUAGUAACUUUCUCAACUUAACUUAUUUGCUUCCUGACACAUUUGGUCUGUCUGUCUUAGUAAAUAUAAACGAACCUAUAUGUGUAUGUAUGUAUGUAUGUAUGUAUAACUUCCGAAGCCUCAUGUAUGUAAAUUUAUGUAUGAUCCGUAAAUAUAAAUGUAUAGUAGUGUAUUCCUGCAUUCCUCGGGGCUUUUAUUUACACCUGUGAGAAUAUACAGGUAAGUGUAUAUAUGUAUAUAUGUAUCUAUGUAUGUAUGUAUGUAUAAUUGUAUGUAUGUAUAUAUAUAUGGAUAGGUAGUCAGAUAGGUCGACACAGUUGAAACUACUGUAAUAUUUGGCUAUGUAUAUAUGUAUGUAUGUAUGU